UUACAUUUGGAAACUAUGAUCGAUAUUCAUCACUUUGCUGCAGAAUUGGUUUUGUACCAGAUGUAUUUGUUCAUCCGCUAUGGACGGUUUAUCCCUAGCGACGUGAUGAGUCAUAAGGCCCUUUACGUGUGUCCGAUAACUGUGGCCUCUCUCCUAGGACUGUUCCAAGUAGUCAAAUUUUUAUUUGGCUUUCCCUGUUUAAUUGCAUUAAUAAUAUACAAAUGCAAAAGGAGGCACUUGUCCAUGUAUGAAAAUAUAGAAGACUUUCUGCAGAAUAAUCAGCUCAUGCCAGUAAGGUACUCUUACUCGGACAUAAGAAAGAUGGCCAGAGGUUUUAAGGACAAGUUAGGGGAAGGUGGCUUUGGUUCUGUGUACAAGGCAAAGCUUCGCAGUGGCCGUCUUGUUGCCAUCAAGAUGUUGGGCAAGUCGAAAGCCAACGGGCAGGAUUUUAUCAAUGAAGUUGCUACCAUCGGAAGGAUUCACCAUGUUAACGUGGUCCAACUUAUUGGUUUUUGUGUGGAGGGUUCAAAACGUGCUCUUUUAUAUGACUUCAUGCCUAAUGGGUCUCUUGAUAAGCACAUAUUUUCUCAACAAGGAGUUAUCUCCUUAAGUUGCGAGAAAAUGUCUGAAAUCUCACUUGGAGUGGCUCGUGGUAUUGAAUAUUUGCAUCGAGGAUGUGACAUGCAAAUUUUGCACUUCGACAUCAAGCCUCACAACAUUCUUCUCGACGAGAACUUUCUUCCGAAGGUUUCAGAUUUUGGGUUAGCAAGGCUAUGCCCAUUAGAUAAUAGCAUUGUGUCUUUGACUGCAGCGAGAGGAACCCCCGGAUACAUAGCUCCAGAGUUAUUCUACAAAAACAUUGGAGGUGUUUCAUACAAAGCUGAUAUCUAUAGUUUUGGGAUGCUACUGAUGGAAAUGGCUGGAAAAAGAAAGAACUUAAACGUAAAUAUAGAACACUUGAGCCAAAUAUACUUUCCGACAUGGGUUUUCGACCAGCUGAGUGGAGGAAAUGACCUUACAAUCGGAGAUGCUACAGAGGAGGAAAAGAAAAUCAUUAAGAAGAUGAUUAUUGUGGCGUUGUGGUGCAUACAAAUGAAGCCUAGCGACCGUCCUUCUAUGAAUAAAGUAGUAGAGAUGCUUGAAGGAGAAAUUGAGAGCCUUCAAAUGCCUCCAAAGCCUUUCUUAUACCGACAACAAAUGCCAGAGGUGGUUACUGGCGACAGUUCAAGUACCGCAUAAGCUGCAUCGACAACGACAACAUCCACGGAAAUUGUUUUGAUUGCAGAUGAAAAUUCAGAGAAUUAAUAUAGCUAGUAGCAAUGUUGAUGUGCAAAGGAACGUGUAGUGUACCCAAUAAGCACAAAUAGACUACUUGUAUUCAAUGGCAUUGAUUGCUUUCUAGUUUUCAGUUUUUAGCUUUGGUACGUACAAGGAUUAGUUUAUGCACAAAUUGUCUCUCGAUUAGUA